CCGCUCCUUUAUUUCUUUUGAUUUGUCGCUACUCGAGGAUCUGAAUCAACUCGCUUAGAGGUCACGUCCCGGUGACCUUUGUUUCAUCCAAUCAAAUCUCACCUGUAUACCAGCUGCAGCGAAUUGCGGAACGCUGAAAAAUUUAGGUGCUGUUGAAAAAGUCCGAGAAUAUCGAAAGUAAACAAAUAAAGAUGGCCGCCGCCAACGUAUUGUCGUCGACACCCCAAAAAACCUAUGUACUUGGCAAUGUUUGUGUUAUUUGCGGGUUUGCGUUUAUUCAACAUUUAAAGAAUGCUGAUGGAACGAUAACAGUCACGAAAUAUCUAGAUAGGAAGUUCAAAAUGUCAAAGGAACGGAAAGAAACUAUCGAAAAGGUCGUAGGGUUUGAGGUAAAAGUUGAUGCAGAGAGUGGGGUCUGUCAGAAAUGCUAUCGUUCUGCUGAAAAGGUAAUUAGAAUGGAAAAAGAAUCCACCGAGUUACGUGAGAACUUAAAGAAGACAACAUCUACAGUGCAACAAACUCUUCUAUUAUCACUUCCCUCACCGAAACGGUCCAUUAUUUCCAAACGAAUGCUUCGCAGCCCAACUGUCUCGCAGCCAGCUAAGAAACCAGUGGAUCCCCUUUUUAAGAUUUCUUACAUUAAGCCAGUGACUAUGAAUCCAUUUUCUGACUUAACUAACUUAUCCAACUUGAGUGGUCAAGCACAUCUACCCCAAAUCGCUGCUAAACCAGUGGCCCAGUCAACACCCGAGAAUGAAAGUAAACCUGUCACUGUCAGAAGAUCACUUGGGAAAACUUUUGAAACCACAGUUCCAUUAUUGCAAGGAGAAGUUGAGGUGCAUUUCUUUUUAACUAACUCCAUAUUGACUUGCCAGAUCCGACGAGAAUGAGAUAUCUAUAUCCUAUCCAAGUGGAAAGCGGACAGCGCUGGUAAUGAAUGAUGCUCACAAGAAAAUGUGUAAAGCUAUUUUCAAGUCGGACAAUGUUG